AAGGAGUCCAAAUGUGAUGCCGAUAAUUAUGAUAGUCUGUAGGCCUACAUCGUAUUAUAAUAUUUAUUAAUCUAGAGCUUUAUCAUCUUAGUAGUCAUGCUGAGUAGUAACCUGCCACUGUAACUUUCUGGAUACCAAGAUGACAAGCAAGUGGACGCAGGAUAUUCAAUGGUCCCCGGUGCAUCCUGAUACCUUUUUCUCCCUGUCGGUUGGAACGAAUCAAGUGGAAUUCAACCAGUAUGCUGUGGAGUCACUCUCCAAUUAUGACAUAGCAGGACAUGGAUCUUCUAAACCAUCAGGUCGGCAGGUUUCUGAAACAGGAUUUGCACGCCUUCAAUUCUCCAAGUCGGAUCUCUUUACGAACAACAAAGACGAAGUACAGAGAAUAAAAUGUUUUGCCUGUUACCCGAAGGCAGUACCGGAGAACCUGCUUGGUCUUGGUCUCUCUACAGGAAAGGUGUUGCUCACUUCGUUUGUUUCAGAUCCGCAGACAGAUCCUACUAAUCUCAUCGGAGCAGAAUUCCCUCCCAAGCAUUCCAGACUAUGUACCAGCCUGGCAUGGAAUGCUGUCGACUCAAAGUUGUUGGCUGUUAGUUUUGACAAAUACAGAACAGACUGCAGUCUAUCGAUCUAUGACAUCAAUGUGAGAGGCGGAGGUGGAGGAGGGCAAUCUAGGCCUUUGUCAGUUGGAAGUGAAAGGGAUACCAGAGGGGUAACAGAAUUAGUAUACAGUGAUGCCCUGCAUUCCAUGGCCUGGCUACUACACCAGCCCUGCAACCUCAUGGUGGGACAAGGUCAGAAGAAUCUAAGGCUCUAUGACAUCAGAGAUCCCUCAAAGCACAAAAGCAGUGCCAUCACCAAGGCAGUGUAUGGAAUCUCUGCAGACCCACUGUAUGAACAUCGGCUAGCCUCAUUCUUUGAAGACCAGACCAUGAUCUGGGAUCUGCGCCAUUUUGAAAAACCAGUACUCAGCUUCCGUGAAGCAAGGGGCGUGGUCAAGCUCGGGUGGAGUCCCACUCGAUACGGCACCUUGGCUUGCCUAACCAAGCAGAGCAAUGUCAUCAAACUCUACAACAUACAGCAUGUUGGUCAAGAAGUGGAAUACACUGAAAAGCAUGUCAAACCCAACUAUCUAAACCAGCAUCAGGUAGCCAUCUUUGCUUGGCAUCCCAACCAGGAGAAUAGAAUGCUUGCUCUGUCACCAGGGGGCGCUAUGCAAGAUCUUACAAUCUAUGAUGCCAUAUCACUGGAUUGGUCUCCCCACUCUUCCUAUUCUGUAGCCUCAGGGAGGCAUCUGUUCUACUGUCUUCCAUCCUCUGAUUGCACUACAGAAGAUGAGGAUAUAUCAAGUACCAUGAAGAGAAGGGCUUCUAAUGGCUACGGUAUGAAGACCGAGCCACUAAGCCAGAAUGCAGCAUUAGCAGGCAAUGACUUGCAGGUCAACAAACUAUGGCAUUGGUUACACAGAAUAAAAUCCUUGCAGACGAUCAGCCGAUCCGCAUCGUCUUCAAAGUCCUCCUCGACGCCAUCAGGCAUGAUGGACUUCUGUGGGGUGAAACAGCUGAUGUGUAGGGAAGGCUCCGAGAACCAGGCAGGAGGACUGAGAAGCAAGCUAGACCCCAUGGCGUGGGAGGGAUUGGACGGAACGCUGGAGGCUAAUAUCUAUAGAAGCAAAGAAAGGUCCCAAGCACUCAGGCUAUGUGGAUGGGACUUUGAUAGUGAUCCUAAUGCCUUCAGGGAUUUCACACAGAGGUUAGAAUCUGAGGGAAACUAUGAGAGAGCAGCAGCUAUUUGUGUGUUCCAUCUGAAGAUGAGGCAAGCCAUUGAUAUCCUCAACAAAGGGGCUGAUGCUGCUAAAGAUGGCAAGCAUGACCUGCAUCCCGUUGCCAUGGCGCUAUCGGGAUUUACUCCAGACAAGGACACCCUCUGGUGUUCAAUGUGCAGCGCUCUGUGUCGUCAGCUUCGCAAUCCAUACCUCAGAGCAAUGUUUGGCUUCCUUACAACGAGCGAUGAUAAAUACGAGGCUGUCGUUAGAGAAUUGGAGAUCAGCAUUGAGGAUCGUGUGGCCUUUGCUUGUAUCUUCCUGAACGAUGCCCAGCUGGUGACCUUUGUACAGGAGCUGACCUUGCAGGUCGUAACCGAUGGUAACCUUGCUGGUGUUCUCCUUACUGGACUCACCAAGGAUGGUGUGGAGCUCUUGCAGUCAUAUGUUGACAGGACUGCCGAUGUACAGACAGCAAGUCUUGUAGCAGUGCAGGCUCUACCACCAGAGCUCUACAGGGAAGAGUUUGUGCAGCACUGGAUAGAAAGCUAUCGACAACUCUUAGAUACGUGGAGACUAUGGCAUGAAAGGGCCAAGUUUGAUUUGCUAUACCAGGCUCAUGCUAAAGAGAAAGUGUCCAAACAAAUCUACGUCAGCUGUCACUUCUGCCAGAGUCCUAUCUCACCUAGCGAGCUAGCUAAGGGAGGUAAGGCUGGCUACAUGGGAGGCUACGCAAGAGGAUUUCAGCAGAGAAGGUCGAAUACUUGUUACAAGUGCAGGAAGGCGCUGCCUCGCUGUGCUCUAUGCUUGAUGCACAUGGGUACCAGGUCUGGCGAGUCCAAACUCAGUCCACAACAGAGGAGUUACAAACCUUCCAGCAAGCAAGCAGCUUCAGUACAACCUAUGAUGAGACAGACUGAUUUUGGAGAAUGGUUUUCAUGGUGUCAGAGCUGUAGACAUGGAGGUCACGCUGAUCAUCUCACAGAAUGGUUCCGGACCCACAGUGAGUGCCCAGUCACAUCUUGUAUGUGUCGAUGUAUGCUUCUAGACUCCGUAGCAGCCGUCUCACCUUCAACAGAGAUUUCAGUCAAGUGACACAUCACAUGAUUUCAUUAUCAUACUUAGGCCACCUUCCAGAGACCUCUUGGUCAUGUGACUCACUUGUAUCACCUGAUUUGAGGUUUGGUACACCUUCCACAAAGCUGUUAGUCAUGUGAUCUAUCACAAGGUUUGGCUAUGCAGUCA